UAACCGUGGCUCCUCCCCGCGGUGCUCGGUCGGUGGGGGGGGGGCGGCGGCCAUGGCGGUGUUCUACUGCUCGCUGUGCCGCCGCACGUCCUUCACCGGCCGCCGCCACCUGUACAGCGCCGCGCACCGGCGGCGGCUGCAGGAAGCGCUGGGCCGCCUGGAGGAGGAGGUGGCGGCGGCGCGGGCGGCGAUGGAAGGCGCGGCCGUGCGGCUUUACGACCCGGCGGAACACGAGCGGCGCGUGUGGUGCCUGUGCUGCGGGCGCGGAGUGCGGAGGGACGGGAGGAGCGGAGCGCUGGCUCUGCCCCACGCCGGGCUCCUGCAGCACUUGGCCGGGGCCGAGCACCGGCGGGAGACGGCGCGGUUCUGGAGGGAGAACCGCGCGGAGGCGGCGCUGCGGGAUCGGUUCGUGGUGGCGGAGGAGGAAUACGCGCGGUUCGCGGCGGCGCUGGAGCGGGCGGUGGGCGAGCACGAGGAGCGCGAGCAGGAGAGCAUCCGCCAGAUGGCGGCCCGCAUCCGGGAGGCGGAGCGGCGGCAGCGGGACACCGUGCGGGCGGCCCUCGAGCCUCCAACGGAACCAGAGCUUUGUGCGGGACCUUCCGGCUGCAGCUCCGCUGCGGGACCCGCCCGCAAGCACCAUAUGCCCAGACAAAUUAUUCCCCCCUCCACAAAGAGGGACACCUCUCGUUGUGCCGAGCUGCCUGGCUCAAGCGUGACGCAGACAGGACCAGACUUAGGCUGGAUGGAAUCAGGCCAGGCUUUGACCUUCAUUGGCCACCAGGAAACAGAAGGAAAAGGAAACGUUCACACAGGAGCAAAACCUCCCUGGCUAACAGAGGAAGAUGAGGAGGAUGGAAGCAAACAACAAAUUGGACCUUCGUAUGAGGAAUUUCUCAAGCAAAAAGAGAAGCAGAAGCUCAAAAAGCUCCCAGCAGAGCGCGUCGGUGCCAAUUUUGACCAUGCCUCUCAGACAGGAGACAGCUGGCUUCCUUCCUUUGGCCGGGUUUGGAAUCACGGCAGGAGGUGGCAGUCCAGGCAUCAGUUUAGAGCCGAAUCAGGGGAAAAGAAGAAAAAAAGGUGAUCAGAAGAGGAAAACAGAACAAAGCAAGCUCUGACCUUUGUGAAAAGGUGAACUAUAGGUAGCUCUACCUUCUGUCAGUGCCAUGUCUUUUGGUACUCACACACACACAUAUAUAUACAAACACAUUUGAAUGCAUUCAGUCUUUUGAAGGGUGAUAUUACUAAGGAUGUGAUGAGUUGAGCACAGUUACUGAAAGCUACGUGGCAAGGGGAUGCUGCAGCAGAUCCACUCUCCCUCUAAAGGACACUAAGCACGUAUCCAGGCAUGGAUUUCUGAAGUCAUAGACAACACAAAGGCAGAUCCUGCCAGCAAGGACAGUCUGUUGCCUAAGCAGUGCCUUCAUAGAUAGAACUUCCACCUUACACAGCAUGUCCUGCCAGUGUCCUGCACUGCAUUUUAGCAUGGUAUCUCCUUAAAUAAAUUAAACUUAUUUAAAAAAAUCCAGUUCUGCCUCACAUGAAGGGCAACUGUAAUUAAUCUUCAGCAGAAGAAAGGAAGGCUUAGAUUUUU